AUGGAAUGGAGUGACACAUCUGAUGUUUCUCAGAAUGAGAUGAUUGAUUAUGAAGUGCUCAAAGAACUAAGGCCUCAUCCUAAUUUAAAAAAUCUCAAGAUUGUGGUCUACAAGGGAACGAGAUUUCCUAGUUGGGUUGGUGAUCCCUUGUUUGAUCGGACGGAGCUUACAUUAUGUGGUUGCAAAAGUACACAUCUACCAACACUUGGAAUUCUACGUUCUCAUAAGAAAUUGGUUGUCAAAAGGAUGAAUGAGGUGAAGACUGUGGGUUUUGAGUACUUGCACCUACAAAUUCAAAUCUUGGCAUUGCAUUUCCAUCACUUGAAGUUCUGA